AAAAUCUGCUGUCGAGAUUAGGGGCUGAGAGCGGAAACUUAGAAGUUGCAUGUACGACGUCUGCCGGUGUUCAUCUCAUGAUUAUGUCAACAUUGCAGACCUUCAGCAGACCUUCAUAUCUUUUCUGCAUAUAAUAUCAAAGUUGAUUGAUGAAGUCUAAGAAACUCCAUAAAAAGGAUCAGAUGUUGAUUACAUCAUCAUCGGACUAUGCACAGUGUCAGAAGAAACAGAAUAAUGUGCAGCAGAAAUCCAGUCCUGACUGUGGAACAUCUACAUCAGGAUUAGCCAAAAUGUCUGGCCUAAACACAAACAAGCAGCCGAAUUUCUCCUCUGCUGCUUUUAAAGUUCUUUUUUUCACAUCAGUCAGUCUCUUGCCUAUUAUGCUGAUCCAUCAUGAAGUGGGAGGAGACUGGAUAGCCUUUUUCAAAACGGAAUGGUUGGUGAAGGGAAUAAAAAAAUUUGUGGAACCCCUAGAGUUCACCAAACACCUGGCAUGGCACAACAAGGAGCUUGUAAAGCACUUAGAGUGGCAUGACAAUGUGCAGCAUGUUGUGGUUUUUGAUGCAGGUAGCACAGGGACACGUUUGCAUGUCUACCUUUUCACACCCACGAAGGAUGGAGGAGGUGGUGUAGAAAUGGUCAGCGAAGUGUUUCAGAAGAUAUCACCAGGAAUAUCGAACUAUGCACAUAACCCAGGAGCUGUGGCAGUACAACUGCAGAGUUUGGUGGAUGUGGCAAUGGAAGUUGUGCCAGGAGAUCUGCAUGUGGUCACUCCCUUAAUAUUUAAAGCAACAGCAGGAUUACGACUUCUGGCACCUGAAACACAAAACAGCCUUUUGAAGUCUGUACGAGAGCUGCUCAUCUCCUCUACCAACUUUGUCUUCAGUCCUUUAGAUGUAAAUGUCAUGAAUGGUGUGGAUGAAGGCUUGUUUGGAUGGAUCACAAUCAACUUCUUGCUUGGAAACUUACAGCAGAAUAAGAAGACUGUAGCGGCCAUUGAUUGUGGUGGAGGAUCAGUACAAGUCACUUACAGAGUUCAGCCAGGGGAUUUUUCAUCUUUGAAAGAUGUGGAACAGGUUCAGAUCUUUGAUCUUGACUACAGCCUUUACACUCACAGUUACCUUGGUCAAGGUCUGAAGUCUGCUCGCAUUGCAGUGCUGCAUGCUGUGCCAGAUGGAAGCCUCCUCAGCUAUUGUCUGCCAACAGGCUAUGUAGGCAAGCUGGUCUAUGAUGAUGAAACAGAGUUCACUGUGAGAGGGCCAAAUGCCAGUGUUCCAGAAGGCUGUUGGGAACAAGUUGGUGACUUUGUUAAGCGGAGUGGUUUUUCCCCACAGCCAUCUUUGAUGAAAGAAGAUAUCUAUCUUUUUGCCUUCUUCUUUGAUGUGGCACGGGAUGCAGGCUUAAUAGGACAAGAUCAACAUGAAGUCAUACUGACAUCUCAAGACUACCUUGAUGCAAGUAUAAGAGUGUGUGGAGCCCCAGAACAGAGCAACCCAUUUUUAUGUCAGGAUUUAACCUACAUCGCUCUAAUGCUGCACGAAGGUCUGAAGCUAUGGGACAAAGAAUUACAUGUGGUGGACCAGUUAAAUGGAGGAGAGACUAGCUGGACGCUGGGUGUUGCACUUGCAGCAGUGUCCAAUAGCCAGUCACCUGCAUCACCUUGAUAGUUAAUCUGGUGAAAUGGCGAGAUGGUGUAUUAAUAGAUGAACAAGACUUUUUUUCCUGCUCAAGUGUUGCUUAUUGUAUGGCUUCUGUAGUGUGGAUGAGCAGAUGUCAGGAUAAUCAUGUUUUUGCAGUUUAAUGGAUUAUAUGAAAAUGAAUCUCUAAUGAAAAUUUAAAUACCAAAGUUCUUGGGAUACAAAGCCACCAGGAAUUUCAAUUCUUUAGACACGUCAACAUACUGUGUUGUUGCACAACUAGGACACAUGAUCUCCAGGUUUAUUUAACAUGUAUAAAAUAUUUAUAUUGUAUACAUUGUUCUUAAAUGCUUUAAGCCAUUUACAGCGAACCAGUCAAGUUGUGAUUUGGUGCUCUAAUUAUCAGUGGACAUUUUAUUGCAUGUUGUCAAAGCCAGUCACUUUUAAAGGUGCUAUUGAUGUUAUGAAGGUUGCAGGCUUAUCUUUUUCAAAGCAUCAGGGUAGUAAAAUAAAACGUUAUGUACUGAAAAAGCUUAAAUGGCAUAUAAUUGUGAUUGGUGGUACAGCUGUACUACAUCCAUACUUUAUUUUGGUCACUUUUGACGUGUAUGAUCAAUUUUUUUAUUAUUUACAUUAGAGUUGAAGCAACGUCAGCUACCACACCUGUGCAAUAAAGGCAAGAUCAGCUCAGUA